CACUAGGUUCCUGUAAGAGCAUUUAAAGUCAGAGGCACGCUGGAGUAGGUCCAGUGAAGCCGAAUUAAAUCUCAAGGAGCACAAAUGCAAUGUACCCAUGAACAUAUCCUUGGAAAAUAUGUGGAUACCAAUCAAGAUUAUUCUCACCUUGUGGAUUUCCAGUGCUUACGGACAAGUCAGGCCAUGUGACUUUCCAAAAAUAUCACAUGGAGCCCUAUAUUAUGAAAGUAGAUACAAGCCAUACUUUCCAGCACCCAUAGGAAAAUAUUUCUACUAUUAUUGUGAUCAAGACUAUGUGCCUCAAUCGAACCGUUUCUAUGGCAUCAUUACGUGCACACAAUCAGGAUGGGAGCCAAUGCCAACAGAACUUUGCCGCAGAAAAUGUAUUUUUAAUUACUUGGAAAAUGGACAUUAUCCAUGGAUUUCAAAAACAUAUUACCAAGGUCAAUCUGUGAGAGCUGAGUGCUAUUUUGGCUAUAGUCUACAAAAUGGAGAGAACAAUAUGACAUGCACGGAGACUGGAUGGAACCCUCCUCCCAGAUGCAUCCUCGUCAAAACAUGUUCUAAAUCAGAUAUAGAAAUUAAGAAUGGUUUUUUUUCUGAAGCUGCCUUUACAUAUCUUUUAAAUAAGCAAACACAAUAUAAGUGCAAACCUGGAUAUGUAACAGCAAAUGGUGAAACAUCAGGUUCCAUUACAUGUGAGCAGAGUGGAUGGUCAGAUCAACCUAUAUGUAUUAAAUCUUGUGAUAGGCCAGUUUUUGAAAAUGCCAGAAGAAAAAGAAAUGGUACAACAUGGUUUAAGCUCAAUGAUCAGCUGGAAUUUGAGUGCAAUACUGGAUAUGAAAACAGAGAAGGAAGGACCACUGGUUCCAUAGUAUGUGAUAAUAAUGGUUGGUCUGAUAAACCUGCAUGCUUUGAAAGAGAAUGCUCUGUCCCUCAAUUAGAUAAACUCAUUGUUGCUACACCCAGAAAAGAAAAAUAUAAAAUUGGAGAUGUGUUGACAUUCACGUGCAGAAACAAACGUGUGAGAGUUGGACCAAAUUCAGUUCAGUGCUACCACUUUGGAUGGUCUCCUAAUUAUCCAAUAUGUAAAGAACAAGUAAAACAGUGUGGCCCACCCCCUCAACUUAUUAAUGGAAAGAUUAAAGAAAUGCAGAAAGAAAAAUAUGAACACAGUGAAGUGGUGGAAUACGUGUGUGAUUCUCGGUUUCUGAUGAAGGGCACUAAUAAAAUUCAGUGUGUUGAUGGAGAAUGGACAGCUUUGCCUACAUGUAUUGUGGAGGACAGAACAUGUGAAAAUAUACCUAAACUUGAUCAUGGCUUUUCUGAACUUUCUGUUUCUCCUAUUUAUCAUGGCGAUUCAAUAAAGUUCAACUGCGCAAAAGGAUUUACAAUGAUUGGACAGAGAUCAGUUACAUGCCUCAGUGGAUAGUGGACCCAACUUCCUAAGUGUAUUGCAACACACAAACUUCAGACGUGUUCAGGAUUAACAUUGGCUUUUACUAAUCUAAGCCUAUCAGCUAAGCUUGAAUUUAAUCAUAAUGGAAGUAUAAAUUACAUAUGUAGAGGAAAAUCAGAACUCAAGCACUCAACCUGCAUAAAUGGAAAAUGGGAUCCUGAAAUAAACUGCAAUGAACAAAUACAACUAUGCCCACCUCCACCUCAGAUUCCCAAUACUCGUACGAUGACAACUACAGUAAAUUAUCAUGUUGGAGAAAAAAUAUCAAUUCUCUGUGAAGAAAAUUAUCUCAUUCAGGAGGCAGAAGAAAUUGUGUGCAAAGAUGGAAUAUGGCAAUCAAUACCACAUUGUGUAGAAAAGGUCUCAUGUUCUCAACCACCUCAUAUUGAACAUGGAGCCAUUAAAUCAUCUAGUUCUUCAUUGGAGCCCACACUUUACCCACAUGGGACCAAAUUAAAUUAUGUUUGUCAAGUUGGAUUCAAAUUAUUAGGAGAAGAUUGGAUAACAUGCUCCAUGGGCAAAUGGAGUUCUGUACCACAGUGUGUAGGACUUCCUUGUCUAUCUCCACCUCAUAUUUUGCAUGGCAUAAUUCAAUUCCACAAAUUAGAUGGGUACCAAUAUGGAGAAGAAGUUAUGUACAGCUGCACUGAAGGUUAUGAAAUAGAUGGACCUGCAACUGCAAAAUGUUUAGGAGAAAAAUGGUCCAGUCCGCCAGAAUGCAUAAAUGCUUCCUGUGGUUCUCCACCUACAGUGGAAAAUGCUAUUAUACUAAACAAGUUGACACGGUAUCCAUCUGGUGAGCGAGUACGUUAUGAAUGCAAAGAACUUUUUUACCUGCAUGGAGAAGCAGAAGUACUUUGUCUAAAUGGAACCUGGACACAACCACCUCAAUGUAAACGUAGAGUAUCUGAUUUCCCCAAGAUUUUAAAAACUACAUUAAGUAUAAAUUUUGCUUGCAGGCACAGAAUGAUAGAUUCAAGUUUUUAA